GGACCUACAGGAAGUGCACUGCAGCAGCUUGACAGUGGCUGCAGCGCGCGGCAUGCUUGGUCAGUGAAUCACAUGCACCGUCCCCGUUAUCCGCUGGUAUAAAUACGAGCUGCAGAGCGAGCAGAGGCAGCCUCAGACGGUUUGGAGCCUCCGGAAACACAAAGAGGUUUUUCUCAUCAUUGCCUGCUGGCCCCGUGAGAGUCAGAGAGGAUGUUAAUGAUGAUGAUGAUGAUGAAGAAGAAGGGGUCAAAGACUCUGGCUGUGUUGGCUCUUCUUCUGGCCUCAGCCAACUGUAUCGUUCCCCCAUCUAAAGAGGAUCUUACCCGGCUUUCACUCCAGGGAGAGAAAUAUCUGGAUGAACAGAUUGAAAACGCCAUUAAUGGGGUGAAGGAGAUGAAGAGUGUGAUGCAGAAAUCCUCAGAGGACCACAAGAUGUUUCUGGAUGCUCUGGAGAAAACCAAGCAGCAGAAAGAGGAAUCGAUGCGUGCGGCUCAGGAGAUGGAGGCUAAGCUGGAGCAGGAGGAGGAGGUUUGUAACGAGACCAUGAAGGCUCUAUGGGAGGAGUGUAAGCCCUGUCUGAAGAACACCUGCAUUAAGUACUACUCCCGCACAUGCAGCAGUGGAUCUGGACUGGUGGGACGCCAGUUGGAGGACGUGCUGAACCGAUCCUCUCCCUUCUCCAUCUGGAUCAACGGGGAGAAGAUAGACGACCUGGAGCAGGAGGGACAACGACAAAACACAGAGUUCAGGAACCUGGAGGAGAAAUACUCAGAGAUGGCCGACGGAGUGGACAGCAUAUUUUCAGACAGUAUGAAGGUGGCUGAUCAUGUGCAUUACAACCCUCCAAGUUUCAUUUUGCCCAGUUUCUGGGGACCCUACGCUCGCCGGAGCAGAGUCAUUCGCACAGUCUUCCACGAGCCUUUCCACGGCUUCCAGAGUUUGUUCUCCCCCAUGAUGGGCAUGGGCAGGAACUUCUUCGGCUCCAUGGGCUCCAUGAUGGACCUUGACUCUGACACACUUCCUAAUGAGGAUGGCAUUGUGAAUGAGGACGUGGUCAUCACCAAACCUUUUGGCAACGGCAAGAUGACCUGCAGAGAGAUUCGUCGCAACUCAGCUGGCUGCCUCAAGUUCCGCGACGAGUGUCAGAAGUGCAAAGACAUCCAACAUAUUGAUUGCUCUGGGAAGAAACCUCUGGAGGGCCCCCUGAAGGAGGAGCUGGAGGAGGCGCUGGCCAUGGCAGAGCGUUUCACCCAGCAGUACAACACCCUCCUGAAGAGGUUUGAGGAGCAGAUGUUUAACACCUCCUCCAUCCUGGACCUGUUCAACAAGCAGUUCGGCUGGGUGUCAUCUCUGGUCAAUAACACCAACUCAAAGGACAACAUCUUCCAAGUUCAGACGGUGAUCUGCAGGGACGGCGAGGAGAAGCCUGAUGAGGAUACGGAGCCAGAAGAAACCAAAGUGUCUGUGCAGCUCUUCGACUCACCACCCAUGAACUUCAGCGUCCCGGGUGACAUCCCCUGGACUGACCCCAAGUUCUCCGAGGUGGUGGCCCAGAAGGCUCUGGACAACUACAAGGAAACCAGUGUUGUGGUCAAAUAAAGUUGGAUUUGCAGCCCAACCUGCACUGUCUGCUGACAAAGAGAAUGUUCUGGAUUCAUCAACAUCAAAACAAACUUGGAAAUCCCGAAGCCAACCCACUGAUUCUGUUGUAAACUCUCUCCAAGUCCUGCUUUUACAGUUUAACCUCAGAGAUUUAUAUUGUUACAUUAGAGCUCUUUGUCCUGCUGUAAGAGAAGAUAUUUAGUAGAUAGAUACAUGUCUGUAGUACCUCAUACCAUAUGUAGGCCUCAUAUCAUAUGCAAGCUGGGCAAAAAAGGGCCGCAGCUCUAAAAAUGCUUGAGUUUUAGUUAAAAAACAACAUUGAUGUAACUUUAACACAUGCAGAUUAAACUAAUAUCUCAUUCACCACAAUUCCGUAAAGUAAAGAUUUGAUUUGUUGCAGGAAAACUGACAUUAGAGUGAGUUAAUUUGGUUGUUUCAGUGACUUUAAUCCCUUGAUUGGCCCUUCUACAGAUCUCUGAUUGUUAUUAUCUGAGUUGGUUGAAGUGGUUAAUUAACAGGGUUAAAAAUCACUGAUUAAAGCUGGGAUAAGUGAAAAUGUAAUAAGGUUUCUCUGUCCAACAGAGUUGAUCAUUUUCAGGAUUACUUUGAGCCCCUCUGUACAACAGUCUAGCAAUGAAGCAAUACAUAGAGAUCAAUAAAACCUACUCAAACCCA